AUGUCGGGUUUAAUGAGGACCACAUCUAGGUCAAAGAGCGAGAAUUCAUUUUUCAGCAACUUUACAACUGAGAAAUCGACUUUGGUUCAUUUUAUGUUGUCAUAUGAAUCGGCUAUGGAGAAGCAAGGGAGCAGAUUAGAGUUUUUGGAUCAUCAAUCUCUUAUCAAAAGAGCACGGUUUUCAACACGUGUUAAUAUCGAAAAACAAGCAUGUGAUGUCUACACGCGUGCAAUCUUCCAACUUAACUGCAAGUUUGUUGAAGAGGAAAAGAGGAAGAAGAAAAGGAAAAAAAAGGGUGUUAAAGAGGACGAAAAAGAAGUUGAAGAUCUAAGAACUAUAGAGGGAGAAGAAAUUGAGGAUACAAAUAGAGCCUUAUUUUCAAAAGAUCAAGAAAAUUCUGCAAGUACAUCCAACAAUGAAAGAGUUAAAAAGACGUUUAUUUUCAAGUUGAUACAUAACAUAGCAGAUCAGACAGUUGUAUGUAGCUGCAAGACAUUUGAACGUUAUGGCUUCUUGUGUAGACAUGUCUUUUGCAUGUUCAAGGCAAACGGUAUUGACCAAAUACCAGAAAAGUACAUUAUUAGGCGUUGGAGAAAAGAUCUAAUUCCUCCAGGAAUGAGAACAAGAAGAACAAGGUAUGGAGAAUCAAAUGAAGAGUUUGAAAGGCUAACAAAUGAAGCUCAUUACAUUGUUGAGAAUUGCAUGACCUUGUUAGGAAAUGAUGAAGCUAUGCUUUCAGCAUUUGAUGAUAAAGUUAGAUCAUUAAAACGUGAGAUUGAAGAUGGGUUUACAAAUGCUGGAAUAAAGAACAAGGAUAAGAUCAUUGAAAGUUUCUUAGGUGUGACAAAACCUGCAGAAAGAAAAAUUGAAAACCCAGAAAUAGAGGGAUUUAAAGGUUGUGGAAGCAGAUUAAAGAGUUCAAAGGAAAUUGCAGUGGAACAGUCAAUGAAGCAUAAACGAAAAUGUGCAAGUUGUGGAAGGAUGACUUUUCAUGACAAAAGAAAUUGUGCGAAGAAAACAAAGGAGGAAGAAGAGAAAAGAGCCAAGGCUGAAGCUCUUAAAGCCUCCAAAAAGAAGUAAAUUGAGGACAAUAGAUUUUUAUUGAUUGAAGCAAUUUUUCCAUUAUUGUUUUGUAAUUCAUUUAAA